AUGAAAAAAGUCGCUGAGAACCUGGCGCAUCAGGCCAAUGAAGCUGAUGUGCUGGUGAUUUGGACGGAUUGCGAUCUCGAAGGCGAGCAUAUUGCGUGGCAGAUCAAGAACAUUUGUCUCAAUUUCAACCCCCGAAUGAAAGUUUACAGAGCCAAUUUUUUCGAAGUAACGGAGGUCGAGGCCCGCUCGGCACUGACCAAUCUCCGGUCGUUAAACAAGAAUAUGAUCGAGGCUGUGAAUUGCCGCUAUGAACUCGAUCUACGCCUAAGUAUUGCUUUCACGUGCCUUCAAACUAAAGCCUUGAGAAAACAUGAUCCGACCUUAUUUGGCACAGGAAAUGAAGAUUUUAUUACAUUCGGAAGCUGCCAAUUUCCGACCCUUGGUCUUGUUGUCGGAAGGGUCAAGGCCAUUCAACAGUUCGUUCCCAAGUCAUUUUGGGAGAUCAAGGUGCACCAUGUCAAGGAUGGUGUUAAGACGGAAUUCGUCUCGGACAAGAAAAGAAAGUUGGACGCGACGAAGGCGCAGGUUCUAUUUGAUGCGGCAAAACAGGUCGAGAAUGCCAGCGUUGAAAGCGCCACUACGCAGAUUACGGAAUUUCUGAAAUUGGCUGCGCAACAACUGGACAUCAUUCCCUCUACGGCUCUGGGCGUGGCCACCAGGCUUUACGAUCGGGGGCUCAUCUCAUUUCCCAGAACCGCGGCGAAUCGUUUUCCCGACUCCAAGUCCGAUAUUUUCCUUCGGGAACUCGUGGAAAAAUUUACAGAAGAUCCGGAUUCGGAAGUAGGCCGUUACGCGAAGAAAAUAUUGGAACAGCCGGGAGGGCCUGCCGCGAAUGAUGGCGACAAAUCCAUUGGUCCUGAGCGUCCAAUUUAUCCGGUCAGAUACGCUACAAGGGGCCAGUUCUUGAAAAAGGACGAUUUGGGCUGGAGUGUUUUUCAGCUGAUCGUCCGCCAUACGUUGGCGUCUCUCAGCAGCGAUGCGCGUGGAGAAGAGACCAAAGUGACGAUUCGGCUUGGCGGCGAGAGUUUCACGGCGACGAGCCUGCAGAUUGAAGAACCGGGCUAUUUGGAGAUCUGCCCAUACGACAAGCCGAUCGAGAAAAGUGUCGGAAAGUACGAUCACGGCGAGACUAUCACCGACCAUCAGAUCCGAAUGUUCGAGCCGAAAACUGAACCUCCGCCCUUGUUGACUGAAGCUGCUUUGAUCGAUCAGAUGGAUGAGAAUGGAAUCGGAACGGUGUACGGCAAUCAUAUCCGAUCCCAAGAAAAUUCCAGACAUUCCAAAGCGAUCCAGAGGCGCAAAUAUGUGAUCCUGGAUGAGAACAAGUGUUUGGUUCCGACCCAUUUGGGAAUCACCUUGAUUGAAUGGUACAAUGCCAUAGGACUUCCUCUGGCUAAUCCAGGAAUGCGUGCCCAUCUAAAGAAGGAGAUCAUGAAGAUUGCCGCCGGCACGAAGACCAAGGAUCAGGUACUCAAGGAGCAACUGGCGGCGUAUCGACGAUGGUUGGGAAUCGCCGAGCAGAACACCGAUCGACUAAUCGCCAUCUUUGAGAGGAACUACAAAGCUUCCGCAGACCCGUGCUACUCCUAUCAAAAGGCCGUC